AUGGAAUUCAUGGGUAUCAAGUACACGCCUACUCCAAAGGCUGACCCACAGCCAGUGUCUUCCACUGAAUGUGGUAUCAGAACCACUGAUUAUCCAGCUAUCAAGAAUGCUCCAUUACCUGCUGAUGGUCCAGGUACUAAAAGUUUCUCAAAUUUAGCACUUUUAUCUUUCAUUGUUUUGAUCCCAUUCUAUGUUAAAUACAAAUUGGGUGGUGGUUUUAAAACUUGGUUAUUCUUUACUCUUUUAUUUGUUCUCCCAAUCUUGAUUGCUUAUUGGUCUUUCACUUCAACUUAUUCUCCAAGAUUAAAUGAAAAAGUUAAAUUACCAAAUAGAGGUGUUGAAUAUUAUUUGGAAUUCCAUGAUGAAGAAUUAGCUAAGAAAUAUUCAGGUCAAAACAAAGUUCCUUAUGAAACCUUCCAUGAAUUGUAUUUUGCUGGUAAAGUUAGUUUCAAAGGUGAUGCUCUUGAUGUUUUAGAAUAUAGACAUGAUUGGUUAAGUUUUAGAUUCACCAUUGGGUUAUACAAAUAUUUCCUUUUCGGUAUGAUCCCAGAAGUUAUUAUGCAUACUAGAUCUCAAGAUGAAGAACAAGUUCGUGAUCAUUAUGAUCGUGGUGAUGAUUUCUAUGCUUGGUUCUUGGGUCCAAGAAUGAUUUACACUUCAGGUGUUAUUUCUGAUAUCACCAAAGAAGAAACUUUAGAGGAAUUACAAGAUAAUAAAUUAAAAGUUGUUUGUGAUAAAAUUGAUUUGAAAAAAGGUGAACGUUUAUUAGAUCUUGGUUGUGGUUGGGGUACUUUAGCUACUUUUGCCUCAAAGGAAUAUGGUGCUCGUGCCACUGGUAUUACAUUAGGUAGAAACCAAACCAAAUGGGGUAAUGAAAAAUUAAAAUUACAAGGUAUUUCACAAGAUCAAUCCGAAAUCUUGUGUAUGGAUUAUAGAGAUACACCAGUUCCAGAAGGUGGUUAUGAUAAAAUUACAUGUUUGGAAAUGGCUGAACAUGUUGGUGUUAGAAAAUUUGGUGCUUUCUUACAACAAGUUCAUGAUAUGUUGAAUGAUGAUGGUAUUUUCUUUUUACAAUAUGCAGGUUUAAGAAAAUUCUGGCAAUUUGAAGAUUUAGAAUGGGGGUUAACUUUAAUGAAUCAAUACAUUUUCCCAGGUGCUGAUGCUUCAACUCCAUUGGAUUUCGUUGUUUCUAAAUUAGAAGGUACUGGUUUUGAAGUUGUUUCUAUUGAUAACAUUGGUGUUCAUUAUUCUGCAACUUUAUGGAGAUGGUAUAGAAAUUGGAUUGGUAACAAAGAUAAAGUUGUUAACAAAUAUGGUAUUAGAUGGUUUAGAAUUUGGGAAUUCUUCUUAGCUCACUCUACCAUCAUUUCAAGACAAGGUUCUGCUACUUGUUAUCAAAUUGUCUUGAGAAAAAACAUCAACAGUUAUCAUAGAGUUGAAUACAUUCCAAAACAAAAAGGUUUAUUAACUCCAAUUAAGGAAGGUAUUGUUGAUUGGUUCAAAUAA